UCUCUUGCAUAAUAAAAUGAGCGGCUAUCUUCAUCAUUUUCCUCUCCAUCUCCAUCGGCGUCGAUGAAAUGAACCGUCUUUUCUAGGGUUUUCUAGGGUUUCCAUUUUCCAUUCAUCACCGAGUGACUCGAAUUAUCCACCGCUCCCUCUCCGCAUCUUCAUGGAAGAUUGGCAGGAGCUCGGCCAGGCCGUCUUGAUCGGCCUCAUCUUCGCUUUCCUCGUCGCCAAGCUCAUCUCCACCAUCGUCUCCUUUCGCGGAAAUCACCUCCGCAUCACCCGCGAAGAUGAUAUCCAAGAAGAAGCGGAUGCUUCGGGGGAUGGCGAUUCUGGGGUGGUUAAAGAGGAUGUUGGGGUUUCAGAGGAUGAGAGUGAUGAGGGCUGGGAGGGGAUUGAGAGCACCGAGCUCGAUGAGGCAUUCAGUGCGGCCACCGCGUUUGUGGCUGCGACGGCUGCUGAUCGGAUGGCCCCUAAGGUGUCCAGCGAUUUGCAGCUGGAGCUAUAUGGGCUUUAUAAGAUCGCCACUGAGGGGCCUUGCACUACCCCCCAGCCUUCGGCGUUCAAGGCUACUGCUCGAGCCAAGUGGAAUGCAUGGCAGAAAUUGGGUGCUAUGCCUCCUGAAGAAGCUAUGCAAAAAUACAUUAUCAUUGUGACUGAGCUAUACCCCAAUUGGGCUGGAGAUUCUAAUAUUAAAGAUAAAGAUGAAAGCACACCUGCUUCUGUUUCAAAAUCUUCUGGUAAAUCAAGCAUGGGCCCAGUUUUUAGCAGUUUUGUUCAUGAGGAAGAGUCAGAUGAUGCUUUAAAGUUAGAGCCCAUACAUGUUUCUGCUAGGGAAGGGAAAACUCAAGAGUUGCUCUCCUAUAUUGAGAAUGGAAUUUCAGUUAAUAUGAGAGACAGUGAAGGUAGGGACACCUUUACAUUGGGCUGUUGAUCGUGG